AUGGCUGGUAUCAUUGCCAUUUACGGUCUCGUAGUGUCUGUCCUUGUUACCGGUUCUCUCAAACAACAACAAGCCUUGUAUACUGGAUUCAUCCAACUUGGUGCUGGUCUUUCCGUUGGCUUGGCUGGUCUUGCUGCUGGUUUUGCUAUUGGUAUCGUGGGUGAUGCCGGUGUCAGAGGUACUGCCCAACAACCCAGAUUGUUCGUUGGUAUGAUUUUGAUUCUCAUUUUCGCCGAAGUUUUGGGUCUUUACGGUCUUAUUGUUGCUCUUCUUUUGAACUCUAGAGCUACUCAAGAUGUGACUUGUUAA